GACCAUGAGAAGCAGUAUGUCGGCUUUGCCACUCUGCCAAACCAGGUCCACCGGAAAUCUGUGAAGAAGGGUUUCGACUUCACCCUGAUGGUUGCAGGAGAGUCGGGUCUGGGCAAAUCCACGCUGGUGAAUAGCCUGUUCCUGACAGACCUCUACAAAGACAGAAAGCUCCUCAAUGCAGAGGAGAGAAUCAACCAGACGGUGGAGAUCGUCAAGCACACGGUGGACAUUGAGGAGAAGGGUGUCAAGCUGAAGCUGACCAUAGUGGACACACCAGGCUUUGGAGAUGCUGUUAACAACACUGAAUGCUGGAAGCCCAUCACCGACUACAUUGACCAGCAGUUUGAGCAGUAUUUCCGUGAUGAGAGUGGCCUGAACCGCAAGAACAUCCAGGACAACCGCGUGCAUUGCUGCCUCUACUUCAUCUCGCCCUUCGGGCACGGGCUGAGACCUGUGGAUGUUGAGUUCAUGAAGGCUCUGCAUGAGAAGGUCAACAUUGUGCCCCUGAUUGCCAAAGCUGACUGCCUGAUCCCCUCUGAGAUCCGGAAGCUAAAAGAGAGGAUCCGGGAAGAAAUUGACAAAUUUGGCAUUAAAGUGUACCAGUUUCCUGAGUGUGACUCAGAUGAAGAUGAGGAGUUCAAACAGCAAGACAGAGAGCUGAAGGAGAGUGCUCCCUUCGCCGUCAUCGGCAGUAACACUGUGGUGGAGGCGAAAGGCCAGCGAGUCCGUGGACGGCUCUACCCUUGGGGCAUUGUGGAAGUGGAAAACCAGGCACACUGCGACUUUGUGAAGCUGCGGAACAUGCUGAUCCGGACACACAUGCAUGACCUGAAGGACGUCACUUGCGAUGUCCACUAUGAGAACUACCGAGCUCAGUGCAUCCAGCAAAUGACCAGCAAGCUGACUCAGGACAACAGGAUAGAAAGCCCGAUUCCUAUCCUGCCUCUCCCAACACCAGACACUGAGACAGAGAAGCUGAUCAAAAUGAAGGAUGAGGAGUUACGGCGGAUGCAAGAGAUGCUGCAGAAGAUGCAGCAGCAGAUGCAGGAUCAAUGAAAGGCAGGCACUCGGAGGGCAGAGGGAAUCCCCCAGUGACCAUCUGAGGCCUGGCAAGAGCUGUGGACGUUUAGAAAAGGUUUUCUGUUGUAUAGAGACUUGUGGGCAAGAGCUGCACCCGCACCCUCUAAUUUAUUAGCAGCAGUGCUGGCUUUGCGGUCAGCUGGAUUGUGGAGAAGGCUGUUCACUUAACAGUUUACUGAUGUGUAUUUCUUUUUUAAUAAUUGUUCAUUCUUUUCUUCUUUUUCUUACUUUUUUUUUUUUUUUUUUUUUUUUUUUUUAAAGAAAAUAGCCUGGGAAGUCUCUAAGACAUCCUAAAAAA